AUGGCUCAGAGUGUCCAAGAAACCAAAAUUCCAAAAGAUCUUCAGGAUCUUUAUGAAUGCGCUGAGUCUAUGUGGGAAAUUUCAGAGUUCAAUGCAAAAGAAACACUUAUUUCAUUAUCAAAUACAAUUAAAAGCAAAACAGUAACAGCAGAAUUCGUAUUAAAUACACUUGAUCAUAUUGCAGAGUAUAAUCAAUCAUUAGUACCACAUUUAGCUGAAAUUUAUUACAAUAUUUCGAUUUCAUUCAAAAAGUUGACAGAUGUUCAAUGUGCACAACUUGAUAAAGCAUUAUUUGACAAAGGAUUAGUACUUCCUAAUCAAUAUGUCAAGUACAAUAAGAGCAAAAUUAAAAAGAGCGCAAUUGUUAAGACAAUUAUUAACGGAGAUAUCGAUAAAUUUAAAGAAAUGGCACAAGAAACUGUACUAAAACCUUCUUACGUUAAUCUUGCAGUCAGAAGACAUCAUAACGAAAUUGCAGAAAUUUUAAUCAAAGAUUACCUCAGUGAGUUUGAAGAUAAUUUGCUUUAUGACUGCAUAAGAUCAGCCAAUUUUCAGAUUGCUAUCUAUUUAGUUGAACAUCAAAUUAAUAAUACAGAUUAUCGAGCACUUGAAGCUGCAUGCAGAACUGGAAGUAUUAAUUUGGUCAAGUACUUAAUUAAAAAUGGAUGUAAAGUCAAUCAACAAAAUAUUGAAGAUGAAAUUCAUUAUCAAUUUAUGAAAUUAAUUUUUAAUUCAUAA